AUGGCGAGAGGUCAGCAUACUCGAGAUAUCACGACUCAGGGAAACUCUUCCAACGUAAAGCUUGCUGCAGGCUUACUAUCCGAUAACGUACCGACUUCAUUUUCGAACAUGGAGUGGUGCUUUCAGGAAAACAAGGACUAUGCUUCCAUGCAUCGGAAGCAGUCACAAAAUAUAGUUAGGGAUAAGCGCAUAGUCGAGGGAGAUCAAGACAACAGCAAGUCUGAAAGUCGAAGCGAAGAAGAAGUAGGGGCGCAACGGUCGACGAACCAUCCAAACGAAGAGCAGUUUAAACAAGAGCCGAAGAGGCGAGGAUUUGCAAUCCAAAUCAAGAACAACGACCCAAUUAUAUUCGACGAUGAUUCUGUUUCGACUCUUACUCAUUACGAUCGCAGAUCAUCCAGAAAAGAGAGCGGUGAUUUGAGCGACAUGCUUGGGCCGUUUGGAUCUACCAGUCGAAUUAUCGCUGCUGAAGCUGAAGCCAACCGGAUUCAGGAGGGUGAGGCUCUAGUCUACAAUUCCCCCUCAGAAACAGACCCAAUCGAGCAAGACACUGACGAAGCAAAAGCAUCGAACCAAUCUUUGAGUAGACAGCAGAAGCUUAAUCGAGCAAAGCAUCGUUUUCAUGGCAAGGUAAAGGAGAUGCCAAGCUUGUUGAGCGUUGACUCUUCUGCGUCUACGAGUUUUCGGAGCGCUAAGAGUGAGUCUAUCGCGCAAAGGGUUGCAAUGUUUGAGAAGCCAAACAACCAGAAAUCAACUCCUGUAGCAAAUACUAAGCCAAUUCAGGCCAAGAAGAAAGCUCUCCAGACAACUCCUAAAACCAACGUAAAGAGUGAUCAAACGACACCUGCACCAACAAAGCCUUCGAUGGGUGCAAGAGUGCCCGAAAAUACCGCGGUGGUAUCUAAACGUCCCUCGCUACGGACAUGUUUGAAAAAUGGAACCUCUGAGAGAAGUGCAAGAAGCAUUUCAUCAUGUCUGAAGAAUGGAACCUCUGACAAGAGCGAGAAGAGUACCAGAAGCGUGACCUUUAUGGACGAAGAUACGGAGUUAGGAGGAUCCCACAGAAACGAUCCUCCUGUCUACGAUAUCCCGCCCUCGGAUUCAAAUUUGAGUGCAAGUGAAUGCAAAAAGAGCCUCAGCCUAAAAUACAAGAAGUCUCGCGUUUCGAAAGAGGAAAAAAAGCUGAAUCGCCUCAACGACUCCAAGCGGAAUCGUCAGGGAGACAAUAGUGGAAGCAACAUCUUUGGAUGUCCCUUGGAAUUCAAUUUUGAUUUUGACUUCGAUGACGUUGACUUUAGCAAGUUUGACAUCAAGAAGUUUGACAUCAGGAAGUUUGACAUUUCAAUGUUGUUAAGUGCUUUCGACUUUGUCGGUAGAAACAAGUGUUACAACUUGACCCCAUCAUUUGAUGAAUACGAUGAAGGCGAAGAAAAGGAGGGGGAAACGCUAGAAGAAGCAAAGGAAGAAAUUUUGGGCCGAGAAAUCGCAACAGAGUUUGUUGAAUUCCCACAACCGAGGUGGAGUAAAGACAUGAUUGCUUCAGAGUAA